CUGUCGGAGGAUGAUAGACGCACAGUGAAUUCGUUGCUUCGGCUGUCCAUUUGCCAAAAGCUAGCGCUCACACAACGCAUAGAAGAGUUGGAAGUUCUUCUGGAAUCAAAUGGGAUCAGCCUACCGGGCCCACGACGUCAACAGCACCCCCUACCUCCAGCUCCGUAUGCUAGUCCGCAGUCACAAAAUCCAUCAAUGACUUGUGCAAACAGCCUUCUUCCCAAUCCAAUGCAUCCACAGGCUUAUAUAAUGGGCCAUCAUCCAGUUCCUGCGCAACCCUUCAACACGCCAGACCCAUCGGGGCUGACGCGUGGUGGCGGUGUGCCGCAGCAAUCUGGUCUCCCUGUUCACCCCACUAUCCUCAGUCCUCAGCACGCUAAUCCAAACAGUCACACUGGUGCAAAAUUUGUUUCUUCUGGACCGGACCGAUCCAAGGCAUGUCUGAGAUUCAACUAA